CGUCGCAAACGGUUGGUUUUCAAAAUUGCUCGCAUGUAACUGGGCAAAGGAUUAAUAUCAAAUAUACUUGUAUGUGUGUAUGUACAUACAUGCAUGGUAAUUAUAUACAAGCAGAAGUGUAGUGAAACGGCUUUAAGUGCAGUUAUGUGACUCAAGUCAUGAAAUCAAAUUAUUUUAAGCAAUUUUAAAGCCUGAUUUCGUAUAACAAAGGAAUGGAAGUGGCUAUUUGCUAGUUGUGAUAAAAGUGAGAAUUUUCGUUGUGUAAUCGACCCAAAGUCAGUUCAAGUGCGCCCCAAAGCAGAAAUUGCAAGAAACCCAUACACAAAUACAACAAAUUCGUUUGCGUCUGUAUGUGUUGGCAAUGUGCAGCAAAAUGUAGUGUUCACCAAAAUGCAAAUUGUCCGUGCUAUUGAUAAAACCGUUUAAAUUUGCAAUACACAAUGUCACAACCGGGCAAACGUGGUGGGCGUGGCGGCGCUGGUGGCGGUAUUGGCCGACGUACGCCUUCGAAUGUUGCUGGCGCGGUCGGCGCGAACACGCCAGAAGAGUCGACCACUGCCAGUGAACGCGCCACACCGGCCAGUAAAGCCGACUCCGAUCAGAAGGACGACAGCUCUAGCAAUGGCGAUAAGAAGGAGACUGAGGGCUUCCCAACACCGAAGCCGCCGAGCGCGGGCGCUUCAAUACGCGACACCUCGAAUAAGAUACUCGCUUUGGCGAUGAAGAGCGAAUGGACACCCAUCGAACAGGAACUGAAGAAACUUGAGAAAUAUGUGGCGAAUGCUGGCGAAGACGGCAAUCACAUACCGCUGGCGGGCAUACACGAUCAGAACACUGGCAUGACGCCGCUGAUGUUUGCCACAAAGGACAACAAGACUUCGAUUAUGGACCGGAUGAUUGAGCUGGGCGCCGAUGUCGGAGCAAGGAACAAUGACAACUACAAUGCCCUGCACAUAGCGUCAAUGUACUCGCGCGAGGAUGUCGUCAAGUUGUUGCUGAAUAAACGCGGCGUGGACCCGUACUCAACGGGUGGUUCCCGCACCCAAACCGCUGUGCAUCUGGUCUCCAGCCGUCAAACGGGCACUGCGACGAACAUAUUGCGCGCUUUACUUGCAGCAGCUGGGAAGGAAAUCCGCUUGAAAGUAGACGGGAGAGGCAAAGUCCCGUUGCUGCUUGCGGUAGAGUCUGGUAAUCAAUCUAUGGUUAGAGAGCUGCUCUCAGCUCAAACGUCGGACCAACUGAAGGCAACAACGGCUAAUGGAGACACGGCCUUACAUUUGGCCGCCAGACGACGGGACGUCGAUAUGGUCCGUAUACUCGUCGAUUACGGCACCAAUGUCGACACACAAAAUGGCGAGGGUCAGACGCCGUUGCACAUAGCGGCCGCUGAGGGCGACGAAGCUUUACUCAAGUACUUCUACGGCGUGCGCGCCUCUGCGUCCAUUGCGGAUAAUCAAGAUCGUACACCGAUGCAUUUAGCUGCUGAGAAUGGCCAUGCGCACAUCAUUGAAAUUUUGGCGGACAAAUUCAAGGCGAGCAUCUUCGAACGCACAAAGGAUGGCAGCACGCUGAUGCAUAUCGCCUCGCUGAAUGGCCAUGCCGAGUGCGCGACGAUGCUCUUCAAGAAGGGCGUCUAUCUACACAUGCCAAAUAAGAAUGGCGCGCGCAGCAUUCACACCGCGGCCGCGUACGGCCACACCGGCAUCAUCAAUACGCUCCUGCAGAAGGGCGAGAAAGUUGAUGUCACGACGAAUGAGAACUACACUGCACUCCACAUCGCCGUUGAGUCCGCGAAGCCGGCUGUCGUCGAGACAUUGCUGGGCUUCGGCGCCGAUGUCCAUGUCCGUGGAGGUACAAUGCACGAAACGCCGCUGCAUAUAGCUGCACGAGUUAAGGAUGGCGAUCGUUGUGCCUUAAUGCUCCUUAAGUCCGGAGCUAGUCCCAAUUUAACUACCGAUGAUGGCCUGACGCCGGUGCAUGUAGCCGCGCGUAACGGUAAUCUGGCAACGCUGAUACAACUCCUCGAAGAUGGUGGCGAUCCACUUUACAAAUCCAAUACUGGCGAAACAUCGCUACAUAUGGCCUGCCGUUCCUGUCAUCCCGAAAUCGUACGUCAUCUCAUCGAGAUGGUUAAGGAGAAACAUGGCCCUGAUAAAGCUACCACCUAUAUUAAUUCAGUGAACGACGACGGCGCGACCGCACUACACUAUACAUGUCAAAUCACCAAAGAGGAGGUAAAAAUACCCGAGUCCGAUAAGGAAAUUGUUCGCAUGUUACUCGAAAAUGGUGCAGACGUAACUCUGCAAACGAAAAAUGUUCUGGAGACUGCUUUCCAUUAUUGUGCCGUCGCUGGAAAUAACGACGUUCUGAUGGAGAUGAUUGCCCACAUGAAUCCCACUGACAUACAGAAAGCCAUGAAUCGACAGACGUCGGUUGGCUGGACGCCGUUGCUAAUCGCCUGUCACCGCGGGCACAUGGAGCUGGUCAACAACCUUUUAGCGAAUCAUGCCAGAGUGGAUGUGUUCGAUAUUGAGGGCCGUUCUGCCCUGCAUUUGGCUGCCGAACGAGGGUAUCUGCACGUGUGCGACGCUCUGCUCACCAAUAAAGCGUUCAUCAAUUCGAAAUCGCGUGUCGGUCGCACGGCGCUACAUCUGGCAGCGAUGAAUGGCUUCACGCAUCUCGUGAAGUUCCUCAUCAAGGAUCAUAAUGCCGUCAUCGAUAUAUUGACACUACGCAAGCAAACGCCUCUCCAUCUAGCCGCAGCUAGUGGACAGAUGGAGGUAUGUCAGCUUCUACUUGAGCUCGGCGCUAAUAUAGAUGCGACCGAUGAUCUGGGUCAAAAACCCAUACAUGUCGCUGCGCAGAACAACUACUCUGAAGUGGCCAAAUUAUUCCUACAACAACAUCCAUCGCUGGUGAAUGCCACCAGUAAGGAUGGAAACACCUGCGCACAUAUCGCUGCAAUGCAGGGUUCGGUGAAGGUGAUCGAGGAGCUAAUGAAGUUCGAUCGUUCUGGCGUGAUAUCGGCUAGAAACAAAUUGACUGAUGCCACACCGCUACAACUGGCGGCCGAGGGUGGACAUGCGGACGUGGUGAAGGCGUUGGUGCGUGCGGGCGCCUCCUGCACGGAUGAGAAUAAAGCUGGUUUCACUGCGGUGCAUUUAGCGGCACAGAACGGUCAUGGCCAGGUAUUGGAUGCGUUGAAAAGUACCAAUUCUUUGAGGAUAACCAGCAAGAAAUUGGGACUGACGCCGUUGCAUGUGGCAGCCUACUACGGACAAGCGGACACCGUGCGCGAGCUAUUGACGAGCGUGCCGGCGACAGUGAAAUCGGAACCACCGACCGGACAAAGCCUCUUCGGUGAAUUGGGGGCGGAAUCUGGCAUGACACCGUUACAUUUGGCGGCAUUCUCGGGAAAUGAAAAUGUGGUGCGACUGCUACUGAACUCGGCUGGAGUGCAAGUAGAGGCGGCAACGACAGAGAAUGGUUAUAAUCCACUCCAUUUGGCUUGCUUCGGUGGUCACAUGUCAGUGGUUGGCUUACUUCUGAGUCGCUCAGCAGAACUCCUCCAAUCGACGGAUCGUCAUGGCCGGACCGGUCUACACAUCGCCUCCAUGCACGGCCAUAUACAGAUGGUGGAGAUUCUGUUGGGUCAAGGCGCAGAGAUAAAUGCCACCGACAAAAAUGGUUGGACGUCACUGCAUUGUGCUGCCAAAGCCGGCCACUUGGAAGUUGUGAAAUUACUAUGUGAGGCAGGCGCCUCACCAAAGUCGGAGACGAACUACGGUUGUGCGGCAAUAUGGUUUGCCGCUUCCGAAGGCCACAACGAUGUGCUGCGGUAUCUGAUGAACAAAGAACACGAUACAUACAGCCUGAUGGAAGACAAACGGUUUGUGUACAAUUUAAUGGUUGUCUCCAAAAAUCACAACAACAAACCGAUACAAGAAUUUGUGCUGGUGUCGCCCGCACCUGUCGAUACCGCAGCAAAGUUAUCCAAUAUCUAUAUAAACUUAUCAACAAAGGAAAAAGAACGCGCCAAAGACCUAGUAGCCGCCGGCAAACAAUGCGAAGCAAUGGCAACCGAGCUGCUGGCACUUGCUGCCGGUUCGGACUCGGCAGGCAAAAUACUUCAAGCCACAGACCGGAGAAAUGUGGAGUUCUUGGACGUGCUCAUCGAAAACGAGCAAAAAGAAGUUAUUGCACAUACCGUAGUUCAGCGCUAUCUGCAGGAACUCUGGAGGGGGUCACUAACAUGGGCAUCCUGGAAAAUAUUGCUACUCUUGGUGGCAUUUAUUGUAUGCCCGCCUGUUUGGAUUGGCUUCACCUUUCCGAUGGGUCACAAAUUCAACAAAGUGCCUAUCAUAAAGUUCAUGUCCUAUCUCACUUCACACAUAUACCUAAUGAUUCAUCUAAGUAUUGUGGGCAUAACGCCCAUAUAUCCGGUGCUACGACUAAGUUUGGUCCCCUACUGGUACGAAAUUGGGCUACUUAUUUGGUUGAGCGGCCUACUUUUGUUCGAGCUGACAAAUCCAUCAGACAAAUCUGGAUUGGGAUCAAUUAAACUGUUGGUGCUGCUACUGGGCAUGGCCGGUGUGGGCGUACAUGUGGCCGCGUUCGUCUUCGUCUCUAAACUAUACUGGCCAACACUAAUCUACUGUCGCAAUCAAUGUUUCGCUUUGGCCUUUCUAUUGGCUUGCGUGCAAAUAUUGGACUUCCUUUCGUUUCAUCAUCUCUUCGGGCCGUGGGCCAUCAUCAUUGGCGAUCUGCUUAAGGAUCUGGCACGCUUUCUGGCUGUGCUUGCGAUUUUCGUCUUUGGCUUUUCCAUGCAUAUUGUGGCACUAAAUCAGUCAUUCGCGAAUCUAAAGCCGGAAGAUUUGAGAGGCUUCGAAAAGCGCAAUCGCAAUCGAGGGUACUUCAGUGACGACGAUAUGCCGACACCGCGUCCUCCCCUCAGUCCCGCUGAGCGUUAUGUCGAUAGCCGAAGUUUAUCGAGCGAAUUUCGUCGCAAGCAUAAAGAUGAUCUGCGCAUGCAUCCGAUUACCUCCUUUGAGUUGCUCUUCUUCGCCGUGUUCGGCCAGACGACAACCGAACAAACGCAGGUCGACAAGAUACUGAACGUGGCCGAGCCCACUCAGCCGUAUUGGGUGGAGUAUCUGUUCAAAAUCGUUUUCGGCAUUUAUAUGCUGGUGUCGGUGGUUGUGCUAAUCAACCUGUUGAUUGCCAUGAUGUCUGACACCUAUCAACGGAUUCAGGCUCAAUCCGAUAUUGAAUGGAAAUUUGGUCUGUCCAAGCUUAUACGUAACAUGCAUCGCACAACAACUGCGCCAUCGCCACUUAAUUUAGUUACCACAUGGUUUAUGUGGAUCGUCGAGAAGGUCAAGGCGCGCAUGAAGAAAAAGAAGCGUCCAAGUCUGGUACAGAUGAUGGGAAUACGCCAGGCCAGCCCGCGCACGAAGGCUGGCGCCAAGUGGCUCUCGAAGAUCAAGAAAGACUCGGUGGCUCUAUCCGUGGUACAUCUCUCACCGCUCGGCUCGCAAACGAGCUUCACCGCCGCCAACCAGAACCGUAUUGAGAAUGUGGCCGACUGGGAGGCGAUCGCCAAGAAGUACCGCGCACUCGUCGGCGACGAGGAGGGCGGCUCCAUCAAGGACUCGGAAGCGGAGAGCGGCUCCGUCGAGGGCAGCGGUGGUGGCGGUACGGGCGCGCCACCGCCGCCGGCACAGGUGGGCAAUAAUGUUGCAGCACCACCACCACAAGACCAAUUGCCGCACGUGUAGAGCGAGCUUUUCUCAUACAAAAACUGCAUUCAUUGCGCAUUUGAAGCACCAAACAUGGCUACAUACUCAUACAGUAGAAAGUUGAAGCAUCCAAGCUUAUAUUACAGUUACUAGCAAACUAAUAUGAAAUUAUAUUACAGGUUUAAGUCAACAGGAAAAGUAUGUUGUUAUUGAAAUACUUAAGUAUGGGUGAUUUUGAUAAAUUACGAAAAAUUGUUAGGUUAAGGGUUAGCUAGUCGAUUUAGUUAAUAAAAAUUAUCACUAAACUAGCAUUCCAGUCACGAGCUUCAUAUACUUGUUAAGAAAUGUAUAUGUCUACCUUAGAUAGUAUAAAUAAUACUUAAUUUAUAUUUAUUAUGAAAUUGUAAGAAAUCGCCUACCAAAUGGCCAGAAUAGAAAGAAUAGAAUAGAGUUAAUGUUUGGAAUAAACAACAAAGCAAAAAAUGUUUUCCAGUCGUGACUAAGGUUAAAUAAAGGCAGAGAGCUUUGAAAUUUGUUGUUUUAAAAGAUUUUAGUCAUAUAAUUUUAAUUAAAAAAAUAAGUUUAGUAUUAAGCUAAUAUGGAUAUCUCAUGUUCAUUUUACGACACGCAUAAUAAAUACAUGAACCACAGUAAAUUUACGAAAUAUGUAAAUAUGUAAUCGUGUUUAUGUACAUUAUGACGACAUAUGUACAGUUAUAAUUUAAUCGAGUUCCUCACUUCCUUACUUAGUCAUCGAUCACUCCAUGAACAUCGUCCUUGAUUACAUAUUUCGAUAGCCUGAACAGGGUAUAUCAAGUAUACUAUUUUGUCGCCCUCAAAGUAGACCACACAAAAUGUAAUAUAUUUAUGCCAACGCAUAAGCACUUUUUGGGAUGGCCUUGAGCUCUUCAGCGACUUUUGCUUUAUCUCUUCAAUCGACUGAAAACGGGUUCGAUUCCGAUGAUUGUUGGCUUAUUUCCCAGUGAAAUCCAUAAACCCAUGUCUCAUCGACACUUAUAAUGCUCUCCAAGAAUGUAGGAUCGGAAUUCGCACGACCAAGCAUGCCCAAAGAGACCUGUUUACGGUACUGGUUUUGAAAAUGUUUACCUUUAGUCGAGCAAGCCCCCGUUUCAUACCCAAAAUAUCUAUCAAAACUAUUCAAAAGGACUCGCGAGAGAUGUCGAUCUCUCUUGCCAUUUCUUUA